CCCCAGGAAAGCCCCCGUCGUCGGGGCUCUUGUGGGAGGCGAGGGGAGAAGCAGAGGCAGAGGCAGGCGGUGGCCAUGGGGCCGGUGGGGUCCGUCUGGGCGAUGGCGGGGGCUUUCUUCCUUCUCCUGGUGGCCGGGGCUGCAGCGGGGCCCCCAGGAUCCUUCUUCGUCUACCAGAGGAGAAGCGAGUGCCACUUCAACGGGACUGAGACGGAGUCCAAGACCCUGCGCUACUUCCAGAGAUUCAUCUACAACCGGCAGGAGGUCUUCUACUUCGACAGCCAACUGGGACUCUACGUGGCCCUGGCCCCCAUGGUCCAGUCCAACGUCGACCGCUUCAACCGGGACAAAGACCUGCUGCAGAGUAUGAUGGCCGACGUGGAGCGCUUCUGCCGCCACAACUACGGCAUCUAUGAGCCCUUCGCCCUCCGAAGGAGAAUUCAACCCAAGCUGAAGAUAACCCCCAUGGAGUACGACUCUUCCUCCCACAAUAUGAUGCUGAUUUGCUCCGUGGACAGCUUUUUCCCCACCAAGAUCAAAAUCACAUGGCUCCGAAAUGGGAAGGAGGAAGACAAAGACAUGACCACGAACCCAAUCGAUAAUGGGGACUGGACUUAUGGGAUCCAGGUGAUGCUGGUGACAAAGCCAGAGCGGGGAGACGUCUACACCUGCCAGGUGGAGCAUGCCAGCUUUGCCAGCCCUGCCUCCGUCCAGUGGGAACCCCAGUCAGACUCUGCCCGGAGCAAGAUGUGGACAGGGGUCGUGGGCAUCCUCCUGGGGGUGGUUUUUGUGGCUGCUGGGCUCUCUUUCUACCUGAGGAACAAGAAAGGUCAAACUGUGACCCAGACCACAGUUGGGCUCAUGAAUUAGACUCUGCUGCCACUUCUUCGCAUUGUGGAGAACCACUAUCCAUCCUUCCUGGAGACAGUUACCCUGAGAACGGAGGAUGCAAACUUUGGAGGGAGAGCUUGAGGGAGAGCCUCACAGACCACCAGCCCCCUUCUCCUCAUCUGGACAGUCGCAGCCUUUGCUUGCCUUCCUUUUGCUUCUUUUCCGCUUGCAAGAGAAGGGUUUGGGUGUUUGGGGUCAGCUCUAUCCUGUCGAUUGCCAAUUAUUGAAAUCUGGAUCCUCUUCUCCCUAUAGAUGGCCCAGUCCUCUUGAAUUCCUCUAAGAGAGACCCCAAAUCUCAAUUUCAUGGUAACCAAGAACCUUGUCCUGCCCUAAAGGAGACAGUCUUUCAGGAUUCCUUGUUCCCUUGGUGUUGGGGGGGGGGGUCAACUCCAUCCUGUCAGUUGCCAAUGACUGAAAUCUAGUUCCUCUUCCCCGUAAAAAGCAUGUUCCCUGGAGAUGGCCCAGCCUCCCUUGAAUUCAGAAUCUCCCUUUAAAGGCAACCAAGAACCUUGUUCCACCCUAAAAGUGACAGCCUUCAAGGUCCCACACAGGACUGUUUUCUCCUGAAACAAAAUGGCUGGCAAGGUUCUCAUUACUAGUAAAUUAAGAGGUUUAUUUGUUAUUAUUAUUAUUAUUAACAAUAAGGAAACCAUGAGAUGAUGCCUGGGUUGGACCUUUCUUGCCCCUCAGGAUCCAAAAUUUGACAUAACUCUAUGUAAAGCUACAUUAUUCGCACCACUCCUCUGUUCCCCCCCUCCACCAUCAUGGCACCCCCAAAUGCCAAGGAGGACCCAAGAUUUUGGAGACAAGGGCCCCUGCGUUGCUUUUGUUGGCUCCUGGCUAAUUAAUUGCACUGUAUAAAUGCCCAGCUGCUGCUUAUUUUACCAUGAUAACAAUCCUCUUUCUGUAAUCACAGUCUUGAUAUAAUUCUGGUCCUAUCAAUAAAUGCAUGCCUUCCUUCUU